AUGUCUUCCACGAGUGCGCCCAGCAACCACAUCGCCCACAAUCUUCUCGCGCGCGCCCAUUCUCCCGACACCGCUGCGCAACAAUUCACCGAGCGCGUCAAGCAAAAACCACUCUAUCUUCGUCCCACGUCUCCCUCAGCAGCUGAUAACCGGUCCCGACGACGCCAUCAACGCCUACGCAAGAAGGAAUACUUUCUCAAACAUCAACGUCCGCAGCCGCUUUCCGCGCGCCAGAAACGCUCGUCGGGCUUGUACGACUUGCCCAAAGAUGAGUGCAAGUAUGACGUUUUCAAGGGACUGCAUGCGCUGUGGGUUCAAUACAUGCAAGAGAUACUGGACCUUAAAGUCAGUGGACGCAAUGGCUCGAUUACUCCGUCAUCGCAUGGAGCCAAGCUGGUCAGCGCGGAUUAUCACGGCGCGGAAGUAGAGGUCGUUCGGAGUCAAUGUCCCAGUCGGGUUGGGUUGAAAGGGAUCGUAGUACGAGACACCAAGUUUACCUUUGUGGUCGUGACCGAAAAGGAUGAAGUGAAGACGAUACCAAAAGAGCACACUGUCUUCAGGUUUACAGUGCCUGUACCGCAUGCCGCAAAGACAGGCGCCGGUACAACCCAAGAGGGCGGCGAUGAACAAGAAGGGGGUUCAAACGGACCGCAGCCGCUGGUUUUUGAACUUCAUGGGAGUCAGUUCGAGAAUCGGCCAGUUGAUCGGGCGAACAAGAAGUUCAAGUGGAGAAAUAUAGACUACGUAUAA